CUGGAAAUGGCAUUUGUCAGGAAGACGUUGAUUGGUCAAAAGACGUGAAACUGUAUUACGUUCUUUGCCAGUGAACCAAUGAUGUUGAAAGUUACUUGUCACUUGACCCAGUUGUGUUAGUAAGUUCGUACGCCAUGUUGUAACAGGAAGAUCAUGGGAAAAUGACCAUAAGUAAAAUGGUUGUAGUUCCUUAAACUAUUUGGAUUUUAUUAAGAAUAUUAUUUUCAUGUUUUUCUAAUCAUGAAUAGUAAUAUGGAGGAAGAUAAUAUUAACGAAGAAUAUCGUUCUUCGUUAGCGGAUUUGACUUGCAAUAGUAAGCCAUUGAUCAGUAUGUUGACGAUGUUAGCUGAAGAUAAUUUAGAAAAUGCCAGAGAAAUUGUUAAAGUAAUUGAAAGUCAUCUUCAAAAGGUUGGACCAGAAAUAAAAUUACCUGUGAUGUAUCUGAUUGAUUCUAUUGUCAAAAAUGUUGGAAGACAAUAUUUAAAUCUUUUCACACAGAGUAUUGUGUCCAAUUUUUGUUCUGUAUUUGAAAAGGUGGAUGAAAAGACACGAAUGCAACUUUUUAAAUUAAGGCAGACAUGGAAUGGUAUAUUUCCGAAUAAGAAGUUGUAUGCAAUUGAUGCUAGAGUUAAUGCUAUUGAUCCUGCAUGGCCAAUUACAGCAGAGAAACCACCACAGCAAACAAUUCAUGUCAAUCCAAAAUUUUUUGAAAAUAAACAGUCACCACAGCCAACAAAAAUUAUCCCAGAAAAUGAAGUAAAAUCUCAAGAAGAAUUGCAAGAGGAGGUAAGAAAACAGCUUUGGGCAAAACAGCAAGAAUUGCUAAAAUUACAGCAACAGAAAUUGGAGUUGGAACUGAUGCAAACAAAGGCUAAGUUAGAAGAGCAAACACGUUUACUAAACAUGCAUGAUAAGGAGGUUCGUUCUGUUGAUCCACGCUUAACUAGAUUGGAUCCACGAAUUAGUUUAAGAGAUCCACGGUUACAUAAGAUGACUCCUGGCACAACAGCUUCACCUAUUGGUCAAAACUCCACACCUACUGUUAUGUCAUUUGGAAACAGACAGAGGAUAGGCACGGAAUUACAAAAUCCUCCAAAUAAUCAAAUGAAUUUUACAAAUGCAUCUCAUACACCUAAUUCACAAAUGAAACUUGGUUCUUCUCAUUCUGUUUUACCAUCUUUUCCUGCAAAAUCUGAGUUAAAUAAUAAUAGUAAUAACAAUAAUGUACUUACGAAAAUAGUUUCUUCAUCAACUGAAAAUUCUGUUUCACAAUGUACUAAUGGGAAUAAAAAUAUGAAUUCUCAAUCAUUGUCUGAAGGUAAAAGUAAUAUUCCUAAACAUUCUGUUACUAAUUUACGGACUAGUGAGAAUUCAAAAAUCUCUGGGAAGAAAGUAAAAAAGGAUGACAGCCAAGAUGUGAAAAACAAUGAAGAUAUGUCUAAAAAGAAUAUAAGUCCUAAGAAAGUUUCUUCAGGAAAGAAGAAUACAUCUAAUAAAAAGAUGAAGAAUUUUGAACAUGAUGAUGAUAAACUGUCUCGAGAGAAAAAGGAAAUAUCACAAAACAAAGCAAAUAUAAAUAAAAGUGUAAUCAAAGAAAAAGAUAGAGUAAAUGAAAAUGAAAUAAUUAACAUUCAACAUUCUGAACUCAAAACAAGAAAGAGGCGGAAUUUGGAUAAAACAUCCAAAAAUAAUUGGGAAGCUGAAGAAAAUUCAAGACGUGAUAAUUCAAAAGUUCACAGAAGCACAAAAUCUCAAUCAAAAGUUAUUAAAUCUGAAGAAAAUGAACAAACACGAAAAGUUUCUGAAAGAGAGCGAUCACGUUCACCAUUAAAGAAAGCUGAGAAACAUUCUAAAAAAUCAGAUAAUGUAAGAUCAAAUAACCAAGAAUCAUCUAAUAAAUCUAAACUUAAUCAAGAAGUGAAAAAUAGAGUAAGUGAAUCAAAUGUGAUUAUAAAGAAAAGUGACUCCUGUACAAAAGACCAAACAACUAGAGAUAUUGAUUUAAGAUUGUUAUCCAGUAACACUGAGAAGAUAUCACAUGAAGGACAUAAAUCAUCAAGCAAGAGAGAGCUAGAUCAGAAACUUUUGAAAGAUGAAGAAAGUAAAGAAAAUGAAGAAGAACCACCAAUUAAAAAAGCUAAAGAAGGAAGGUUAGAUAAUUUAUUUGGAAUUCAAGAUCAGGAUUACAGACAAAUUUCCCAAAUGUCUGAUUUAAAUCUAGACAAAAAUGUUAACCAAAAAGGUUGGGCACAAUACAAAGCUAUUCAUCCAGAUGAAUUUAAGAGUCCUUUGAGGCCAUCUAGAGAAAAUAUGGAUGGAUCAAUAGAUAAAAUAUCAGAGAGAGAACAAGAAGAAAGAUUUGAUUUUCAUGGCGGUGAUCCACGUAUGUAUGGUUAUGAUAGUCUUGGCAGGCCACGUCGUCGAAUGAGAAAUGAUCGAUUUUUUAAGCAAAGUAGCUUUGAUAGAUUUAAAGGUCAUUAUAAUCAGUUUGGAAGAGAUCAACAGCAAGUAAAGGCUCAAAUGGAAUUGAUGCUAGCGAAUGAAAAAGAAAUUUUACGUCAAGCGGAACAACAAUUACAUUCAGGUCGAAUGACCAAUGAACAGUAUGAAGAUUUACGAGCUCAACUUGAGAAUCUUUAUGAUCGUAAAAGAUUGGAUGAUUUUCAUUCUUUGCCUAAAAAGAAUUUUGCUAGGUUCAAUAUUCCAGAUAAAGAAUUCUUAAAUGAGAGAUAUGAUAAAACAUCAAGAAGAACAGAUUUUAUAAAUGAUAAACGACCACAAGGAAAUUUUAUUUAUUGUACUAUAGUUACAAUUUUUACUAAUCACCAGGUUUUUCAUGAAAAUGGCAACUUUAUGUACACAAUGAAAUUUACAAAUAUGACUUUGUACAUGAUGUGGCCUUGUAUCCUAGGUUUUAGGCCCCAAUUAGUCCGGAUAAUCGAGGUUCUACUGUACCUUAUUUUAGAGCAAAAUAAUAAAUUGAUUAUACUGUUUCUACAACUUUUUACAGAUAAAAUAUCAGAGAGAGAACAAGAAGAAAGAUUUGAUUUUCAUGGCGGUGAUCCACGUAUGUAUGGUUAUGAUAGUCUUGGCAGGCCACGUCGUCGAAUGAGAAAUGAUCGAUUUUUUAAGCAAAGUAGCUUUGAUAGAUUUAAAGGUCAUUAUAAUCAGUUUGGAAGAGAUCAACAGCAAGUAAAGGCUCAAAUGGAAUUGAUGCUAGCGAAUGAAAAAGAAAUUUUACGUCAAGCGGAACAACAAUUACAUUCAGGUCGAAUGACCAAUGAACAGUAUGAAGAUUUACGAGCUCAACUUGAGAAUCUUUAUGAUCGUAAAAGAUUGGAUGAUUUUCAUUCUUUGCCUAAAAAGAAUUUUGCUAGGUUCAAUAUUCCAGAUAAAGAAUUCUUAAAUGAGAGAUAUGAUAAAACAUCAAGAAGAACAGAUUUUAUAAAUGAUAAACGACCACAAGGAAAUUUUACUGUCAAAGAUGAUUCUGAUGAUGUGAUGCAAGAAGAGAAAACAAGGAGAGUCAAUAAAGAGGAAAAGUUAAAAGAUCAAUCUUCACUUCCACCUGUACGGUCAAUUGUGAUCGACAAACAGUUGAGAAAGAUUCAUUUUGUAGGUCAAACUGGAGUAAUCAUGAUGGAAAAUGAUGAUCCUAGAGAGAUUAGUUUUAAAGGAGCACCAAAAAAAGUAUUCAUUGAUGAUAUGGAACCUCUGUUGUUAGGAUUUGGUGGUGAAGUUAAGGAAUUUGAAAUUGAAGGCAAAAAGCACACCAUAAAAUUUGGAGCCCCGUCUAGAGAAUUAUACAUUGAUGAUUAUCCAUAUGAAGCUCGUUUUGGAGGACCUUCAAUUAAAUUGUUUCUAGAUGAUGCAGUUCAUACAAUACAUCUUGAAGGUCCACCACCUAAUGUUCAAAUAAGUGAAGAAUCUAGAAAAGAUCUGUUAAAAGAUCUUGCAUUUUUGAAUGAUAAGCAAGGAAAGGAUUUGGCAUCUUCAGGAAAUGAAUCAAAGAAAGGAAAUAGUGUAAAAGGAGAGUCAAAUAAAAUUGAAUCAUUAGAUUCAAAAACUGAUAGUCAGCAGUCAAAUUCAAAUAAUUCUGUUGUAAAUAAAGAUGUUGAUUUAAGAUCUGAAAAACAAAAGAAAGCAGAUUCUAAUAAAGAUCAAGAUUUUAGAAAAUCUGAUUCUUUGGUUGAAGAUAUAUCACAUGAUAUAGAUAUGAGAUCUGUUCCAGAGAAAGAAGAAAAUAUUAUUGAAAAAAAUCUUAGUAUUAAUCAAGAUCUCCAAAAUAAUAGAGAAAGUUCCAAAGAAGAAGUUCCACUCUCAAGUUUUAAAGAUAUUGAUUGGAGACCUGUGCUUUUGACUGCAGAGAGUAGUAGUCCUAAUAGAAGUCCGUCCACAAGAGAACAUUCAGAACAGAAUGAAGAAAAACGACACACACAUUUAGAUGAGAAAGAAUUUACCCAACAACCUGUAGAUAAAACAAGAAUGCAAAACAGUCCUGUUACUUCUGUAAAAAGACUUGUUAAUGAAAGAUAUCCAACUACUGUUCAUAGUAGCUACAGAGAUUCUCCUCCAUAUUGGAAUCAAGAAAGAAUGUGGGAUAAUCCAUCUAGAAUAGAAACAAGUGUGGCUAGUUCAGUUAAGAAGGAUGACAGAGAUGUUACAAUGAGUUCACGUCAUAUUGAAUGGGAUUCACAAAAAUUUACAACUAAUAUUUAUGUAUUUUUAAAUUUUAGUCCUAGAUUUCCAGUGAGAGGUUCAUCUCCUCUUAGAGAACAAAUGGGAUUUGGUCUUCAUCGAAGACUAGGUCCAAGACAGCUUAUUCGUCUUCAUCAAGAUAACUUUCCUAGACCUAUGUUAAUGGGAAAUCCAGAUAUGCCAGCUCCACCAUCUGUUUUAAGAGCUAAUCUUAAUCAACAUUCGUCAUCAUUAGGUUUAGGACCACCAUUACCUUCAUAUCCUCAACAAUUUCCCACAUCUGGACAACGGUUUAAUACUGAAACUUCUCAGGAAGUUCCAUAUGAAGCAAUUGCACCUAAUAAAAAUGAAACUGUUAAUAUAGCUGAAGCAAUCUCAAUUCAACCAAAAUCAGAAGUUUCCAAUUCUACAACAUUUACAAAUGCACUACCUUCAUUAGAUGUUCAGACUUUAUUCGAAAAGUUAGUAGCUGCUGGUAUCAUUCCAGAGUCAAAGACUUCUACUUCAGAAGAAAGUGAUAAUAAAAAUAAAUCUACUGAGGAAAAAGAAGUUAAAGAGUCAACAAGUGAAGAAAAGAUCCCACCAAUAGAAUUCACUAAUGAAAGUCUUAAAGCUCGUUACAAUGGAGUAAUUAGUGCACUAUAUCGAGGUGCACAGUGUGCAUCUUGUGGAUUAAGAUUUACUGAAGGACAGCAUGAAAGAUACAGCCAACAUUUAGAUUGGCAUUUUAGAGUCAAUCGCAGAGAAAAAGAUGGUGCCAAGAAAGCAUUCUCUAGGAAAUGGUUUUAUGAUGUUGAGGAUUGGAUUCAGUUUGAAGAAAUUGAAGAUUUGGAAGAACGAGCUCGUAGCUUCUUUGAACUACAAGCUGAUGAAGAACAAUUUCAAAUAGCUGAUCAAACUGAAAUUCCAAGUGUUCCAGCAGCUGACAAUGAAGAGAAGAAUUCCUGUGUUGUCUGCAGAGAACAUUUUGAACAGUUUUGGGUUGAAGAAGAAGAAGAAUGGCAUUUGAAAUAUGCAAUUAGAGAAAUUGAGCAUGGACAGUGGGAUUGGAAUGAACCAAGUCAAUAUGGAAAGGGAGUGAUGGAAAGACGGCCAGUUUUAAGAGAGAAUAGAUGGACUGAAUAUCCUCAUCCUCCUAAACCAUUAAUGGGUCCAAGAAGAGAUGAUCCUCUUCCACCUCAUUCCACACAUCCUGUUCCAGGUAAACCUCCUUAUGGAAAAGACCAAUGGAUAUCAGCCUCACAAAUUAACAGAAAUUCACUUUGGCCAGAUAGGAGACAUGCUAGUGAUGGAUGGGAUUGGAGAGAUGAUUUUAAACGUGGACCGAGAUGUCUUCCAUUCAGACCAAACUGGGAAAGUCCACCUCAUCAUGAGGAAUAUCCAACAUAUUAUCGUGAAGGUCCACCUCCUCCACCUCCUCCACCUAGGCCUCCACCUGGUCCACCGGGUCCACCACCUCGUCCUCCAUAUCACAAUAUGUAUCCUUAUCAUCCACUUUGUUAUGAAGACUUUAAAAAGGCAAGUGAAGCACCAGAAACACCUGUAGAGGUUCGCAAAACAGACCCAUUAGCUGCAGCAAUAAGUGUAGAGAAUAUUAAGAAAGAAAUAGAUAAAGAAAAUAUUGAAAAAGAAAUCAAAGAGGAACCAAAAGACGAAGAAGAGGAAGAAGAAAGCAAAGAAACUACGGAAAAAGACGACAGUGUCAUUGACACACAACCAAUUGACCAAGACACGAUAUCAGAUGAGAAAGAAACAACUAAUGUAGAAGUUGUAAUUAAAGAGGAACCAUUGGAUAAUGAAAAAGAGGAAGACGUUGAAAAAGAACAGAAUGAAGAAUCUAUUUCUGAAGAAAUAAAAGUAGAUGAAAAUUCAAUUGAAGAAGAAACACCUAAUGACAUUCCAGUGAUGGAAUUAUGUAAUUUGACUAGUGGAGCUACUCUUGAAGAAGAGGAAAUAAGGCCGGAAGCCAAAAAAAUAAUUCUUAAAUCUGGUGGUAUUGUAAUGAAAGUUCGUGCAGAUAGUAUAGCAUUACCGGCUUCUCCCAAUUCUAAUGCCAAACCUCCCACAACAGAAAGCUCUGAAUGUGAGGAAAUUAAAGAGAUGGAAUAUCCACCUCCCGAUCCUAGAUUUAAAGUUUUACCUCCAGUCCAAAGAGGAAAGGAGUUAUCUGGUCUCUGUACGAUAAUGUAAUUUCUCAUGAGAUGGUGAAAAUUUUAUUGUGCCAAGAAACAUUUUAAUCUCAACAGAAAAAAUGGAAGAUAUUUAAGAAACCAGUUUCUGUCCACUGAUAUGGGUUUAAUUAUUUAAUUGCAAGCAGUAACUGCCUGCAUCUAGUCAUCAGAAUAAUUAACCAAUGAGUGGGGAUUUUUGUUACGUCUCAGGAAUAUGUAAUUUUAUCUGUAAAAAGCUUGAAACUUAAUUUAUGCAAUGCUCUUAGAAAAGGAAAAAGCAUUUUGGAAUCAUGUCUGGUUAUUUUCCAUCUUUAUAAACGAUCAUCACUUUUCUCCAUCAUUGUGAUGUAGGUGAGCCCAGUGAGUGUAUAUGUAUGAAUGUAUAUAUUUGUUUAUAUGAAUGGGUGAAUGUGAAUGAGUUUGUACACAUUGUAAAUACACCAACCCAACACAAAAAACGUGCCUUUUCAUCCACAUUAUAAGGCAUUUUUGACCAAUGGUGUAUCAUAUGUAAAUAUAUAAAAAAAAACGUUGUAAAAAAUUGUGUACCAACAAAUAAAAACGAACUUGUUUUGUAUGUUGGUGUUUUCUUUCUUGCUAUUUUUUGUUUUUGUUUGUUUUGUUUUUUUUUUGAUGACUUUGUUUAAAUAAUUACAGCUUAGCGUGUAUCGUAUACUGAUGCACUAAUAAAUUUUUUUAAAUGUCAUGAUAUAGCAUUGUGAUAUUCUCGUAAUAUUUAGCAGCAUUAGAUUCUGAAUGCGGAUUCUAGACGAUUGCAUUUCAACUUGAUGUUGUUGUAAAUGGAAUUGAAUAAUUGGGACUAUCUCCUGUCGUGAUUCGAUACUUGAGUAUAAUACAUACUAACUGAUGACAACAUUCUGCCUGAACUUUUGCAGGCUUCCCUGUAUUCGACGGAUUCAAAAUAAAGGUUUUGGGAAAAUA